AUCAUAUGGGAAAUAGCUCAUUUUGAGAUCUAAUGCUUAGAAUUUCAGAGAUCUUCGGUACAGAAAUCUCAGUUCGAACACGAUAAACACUAGAAGAAUCCUUUCGAAGAGGUGAAUUUAUCUCUAAACAGAUCGAGAUGAGUCGAGAUCGAAAAGGUUAGAGGAUCACGCAUACCUGGAAAAUAGAAAGCGACGACGGAGUCCGGCGAAGGAGAGACUGAUCGGUGAACACGUUCACAGAGAUAACCAAACGCCGACGAGGAUGACGGUUGAAAAAAACCUAGGAAACGGGAAAUUGGGUUUAGAUCAAACAUAAUGGGCCUUUUUUAAACGAGCCCAAUAUUGGCCUAUGAUUGCAAAAUCAAAACACAGCGUUUAAUGACGACAGCGAAAUGCUUCUUGUUGUCACUUGUCAGUAGAGAAGAAGACUCGAGUCAUCCGCAGGAAAGAUUCGAUUUGAGAAUAAGGGAUUGUGGAAAAUCUUGAGCGAUGGCGGAGAGUGCGGUGGACGGGAAGGGGAAUCCGAUCCCUACGUCGGCGGUUUUGACAGCGUCGGCGAAGCAUAUAGGAAUCAGGUGUAUGCCGGAAAACAUGGCGUUCCUGAAAUGCAAGAAGAAUGAUCCUAACCCAGAGAAAUGCCUCGAAAAGGGACGUGACGUCACUCGCUGUGUGCUUGGCCUGCUGAAAGAUCUUCACCAGAAAUGCCCAAAGGAGAUGGAUGCUUAUGUCGGCUGCAUGUAUUACUUCACAAAUGAGUUUGAUUUGUGUCGGAAAGAGCAAGAAGCAUUCGAGAAAGCUUGCCCCUUGAAAUGAGAAUUCAACUUCAUGGUGUGUCUACUACCUAGUACCUGCCUCGAUAUAUAGUACAAACUAAUGAAUUAAAAUGGAUUGCACUUCAGUUUCUAAUAUUGGUAUGACAGUUUCAAACACCAACUUAUUACAUUCUAAAUAACUCGUUUUUGUUCUAUGGAAAAUCCGAAAAUGUUAUACUACUUAUAGCUCUGCUCAUAACUUGACCUUCAAGUAA